AUUUAACUUAACCCAUGCCUUACAUGAUAGGUCACAAAAUUCCUAGAGGCCAUUAUACAAUGAGACUUUAGGCACAAUAGAAAAAUCAACUAACCAAUAUCACACACACAUUGACGUUCUUCUCUUAAGGGGAUAACAAAACUAUGACAUUAACUCUAUCGCAGGCAACAAUGGAAGAGUACAAUGGAUGCAGGAAACACAUCAAAAUGAUUAAAAAUGCAUGUUAAUGAGUAAUGCUACAUAUUUUUGUACCAUGCGGCCUCUUCUAAUGACAUUGGAGCAAUUAUUGGCUAAAUGUACACACAAUGCAAAUACAAGUUUGUUAAAUAAUUAUAACCCCUUUAAAUUUAUUUUACAUACUACUACUAGGUAUGUCUCCAUUUGAGAUGCAAGACAUCUUACUGCCUUCCGGCACAAAUGGUGUUAAAGACCUACACAUUUCUGCUUCUCAUAGUAGUAGCCUAGCUCUCUUUGCUUCUCUAGGAAAGAAAUUAUCAGUGCUCAGCUUGGACAGCGGCAACCUUGUUGUCAAUUAUGACCUACAGUUUAACAGGGGUAAAAGUGCCAUGCAACAUUAUGUGGCAGCACGUCCAAUGUUCAUUGAUGUGGAAAUAAUGAAUGCAGACACUAAGCUGGUUCUUGGUGACCAGGCUGCCCAAGCUAGUCCUAGUAAUGUUGUUCGUGGGCUUUCCUCCUUGUACAAAGAAAUCACAGAUAUUGUUCGUAAAGAAGUUGCAACAAUCACGACCAUAUUCCCUUCACCAAGUGAAGUUAUGUCAAUUUUAGUUCAGAGAGUUAUAGAGCAGCGAAUCACUGCCCUUUUGGACAAACUGUUAGAGAAACCAUCUCUUGUCAAUUUACCUUCCGUGGAGGAAGCUUGGCUCCUAUUAUGUCUUGGAAUGCUAGCAAUGGCGUAUGAAAAGACCCAAGAGCUAGCAAGAGAUCUACAAGCUGUAGGAUGCGGUGACUUGGAUGUUGAUGGUGUAAUGUAA